UCAAACUAUAUGUGUGAUCUUUGCAGAGAGAAGAUGCCGUUCCACCACGUCAGGUCUACUCUGCUCUACACUGGAAGUCUCCUGAGCCGGACACUGUCUGAAGGGAGCGAAACCUUCCAACUCACCAGCAUCUCCACAGAGGAGCUAGGAGAGAUCCGGGAGGCGUUCCGGGUGCUGGACCGGGAUGGGAACGGGUUUAUCUCUAAGCAGGAGCUGGGCAUGGCUAUGAGAUCCCUGGGGUACAUGCCCAGUGAGGUGGAGCUGGCCAUCAUCAUGCAGAGACUAGACAUGGAUGGUGAUGGUCAGGUUGACUUUGAGGAGUUUGUGACGAUAUUGGGACCCAAACUGCUGUCGUCUGAGACCAGAGAAGGUUUCCUUGGAAGCACCAUCGAUAACAUCUUCUGGCAGUUUGACAUCCAGCAGAUGUCCCUGGACGAGCUGAAGCAGGUUCUGUUUCACGCAUUCCGAGACCACCUGACGAUGAAGGACAUCGAGAACAUCAUCAUCAACGAAGAGGAGAGCCUCAACGAGACAGGGAACUGCCCCGAGUACGAGGGAGUCCAUCCUAAGAAGAAGAACAGACAGACAUGCGUGAGGAAGAGCCUGAUCUGCGCCUUUGCCAUGGCCUUCAUCAUCAGCGUCAUGCUCAUCGCGGCCAAUCAGAUGCUGCGAAACGGCAUGGAGUAAGCCAAUCACACUGUGAGCCUGGGGAGUGGGCCUUACAUUUAAAUGACCUCACUUCCUCUCUCUGCAGCAAAAACAGGAAGACAGACCAGCCAGAACCCAAACACCUCUGUGAAGGACAACUAUCUGUUAUUUUAAUGACGUUUGUUUUGAUUUAUAUCAUGAACAGUAAACAGACAAGAGAGUGCAAGUACUGAAGGACGCACACGGAAAAUGUCGUUUUCAGUGGAAAAAAAGACAAAUCAAAUCAAAAACACUAAGAGGACUUGAUGAACAGACCGGACAUGAUACAAAGCAAUCUUUUAUAUGUUGUGGGCAUAAAGGGAUUCCUUUCAUUUCUGUAUCAGAGAAGGCCACCCCUUUAAGAAUGAUUUUCUA